UUUGUUACAGCUACAGAAGAUAAGUUCGAACUCGUGUAUAGGAAAAAGAUUAUAAAUAAUAAAGAUGGAGUCGAAAUAAUGUGUAUCGCUGAAGGACUUUAUCCUCAACCGGCUUUAAACAUUUCUGUCGAAAAUAUUCCGGAGAGAAAAAUUGAUAAUUUCACCAUAAAACUGCGUGACGAUGGGCUGUACAAUAUCCUGUUGCGAAUCACCUUAUUGGAUGAAGAUUUACCGGAAACAACUAUUGUUAAAUGUUUGCUCAGCAUAUCUAACGCUUUAUACAACGUUUCUCGCAAGACUGUUUAUUAUGCUGGAACUUUUACUACUACAUCAACUACUACAACGAAGUUACAUCGUAAAAUGGAAAUCCAGACCUUAGACAAAUCGAAAUCUUAUGAAAGUAGUGGUAGUUCCGCUGGUUAUGUGUCAAUUAAUCUUCCAUUGUUAUCAAUGCAAUUUGCCGUUCUCAGUAUAUUUCAUCAAUAA